AUGGAAGAACGUAAUGGUGGCGCGUCGAAAGGGCAGCAUUCCAGUCAAAGCGAUACAAGUGAUGUUCAUCGCGUUGGUGUAAGGAACAUUCCAUUCUAUCCGGACAAGCCAUCGCUAUGGUUCUCGACGCUGGAAGAGGUUGAAGAUGUCAUUGAGUCACCUCCACAAACUGACAAAUACAAUAAAUUGAAGAGCGAACUGAUAAAACGCCUGUCAGCAUCAAAAGAGCGCAAGGUAAAACAGCUGUUGGACCACGAACAGCUAGGCGAUAGAAAGCCUUCCCAAUUUCUGCGGCAUCUACAACACUUGGCGGGCCCAAAUGUGCCCGAAGACUUCAUCCGCACCAUCUGGACCAGUAGACUACCUAGCAGCAUGCAGACCAUCAUCGCAUCGCAGGCCACUUCAUCCCUGGAAAGCGUAGCUGAUCUCGCGGAUCGUAUCCAGGACAUCGUGCCAGCAUCCCCGUGCGUAGCAUCAACCUCAGCAGGACCGUCAUCACACCGUCAAACCACUGACGACAAGUUUGACAUGAUGGCGAAGCAGAUUGAGAGGCUGACACAGCAGGUUCAUGCGCUUACUACGCAUUCCAGCAGAUCCAGAUCUAAUGCCAGGACCAGAGACGGCAAAGGUAAUCGCAGUCGUAGCAGAUCCCAGGCCAGUUACCGCAAAUAUCCGAUAUGCUGGUACCACUCGAAGUUUGGCAGCAAGGCUCAUUCAUGUGUCAAGCCUUGCCACUUUCAAGCGGAAAACGGACAGGGUGGUCGGUAA